AUAAUGAAGAAGGAACGGCUCAGGAAAGCGCCACGACGGCAACUACAGUGUCAGUGGAACGACAGUCUUCAUCACCAAAAUCCGACCAGAACUGGACUUAGGGGACCAAGUGGCGGGUCAAUCAUGGCUGCUGUCAUGACUCAGUCGUGGAUGUGGACAUGCUGGAUCCUCUUCAGCUGGAUGUGUGUUGGUCGGACCGAGGCAGGACCACACUACCUGGUUGGAAUCCCCGCAACUCUGGAAGCUGGAGCUGACACCAACUUCUGUGCGAGUCUGCUGCAACCCAAUGAGACUCUGACAAUGACGGUGUCUUUGAAGUCCAAAGAGGAAAUGAUCCUUUUCCGAGAGACAUCCAGCAAAGAUUUCCACAAGUGCAUCAGUUUUAAGGUUCCGGUUCCAAACGAUGAUGAAGAGGUACGGGAAAUGGUAGUGGAAGUACAAGGUGCAACGUUCUACUCAAGAGAGGUCAGGAAAGUCUUGAUCAAAGUCUAUGAACCGAUGACCUUCGUCCAAACUGAUAAACCCAUCUACCUCCCAGGACAAACCGUGCAAUUCCGAGUUGUAUCGAUGGACACAAAGUUCAGACCUGCCUUUCGGCUGUACAACACCAUUGAAAUUGAGGAUCCUAACAGAAACCGCAUUGGACAGUGGCUGAACCAAACAUCCGAAAGUAAAAUCUUACAGCUGUCUUACUCCUUGAACUCGGAGGCACGGGAAGGAACCUACCAACUCAUCGUGUCAGUGGGCGAAAUGAAAAUGUACCAGGACUUUAAGGUGGAGAAAUAUGUUCUGCCAAAAUUUGAUGUAAAGAUAGAGGGACCGGAUAAAGUGGCAGUUAUUGAGGAUGACCUUAUCUUUGACGUGUGCGCACAGUACACAUAUGGACAGCCUGUGCCAGGCAGCGCCGCAAUUAAGGUGUGUCGACCCUUGUAUUCCUACAUUUAUUUGAAUUCCGGAACGCCAAAUGGAGCUCCUGAGAUAAAGCCCCCAUGCUACGAGGACAAAAAGCAGACUGAUAAGAAAGGCUGCGCCAGCUUUACUGUGAAGUUGUCCACUUUCACAAAAAUUGACCAAAAGGCAGUUCAAGAUGUCCUGGAAGUCGAAGCUCAGGUGAAAGAAACAGGAACAGACAUUGCACUAACCAGUUUCUCAAGAACGCAAAUUUCCUAUGUGAUUGGAAAGCUGUCAUUUGUGGAUAUGGAUAAGAUUUAUGAGGAAGGAACAACCGUGUACGGAAAAGUUAAAGCAGUCCACUACAACGAUACUCCCAUUGCUGACAUGGACGUGUACCUGCUGGAGGGUCAGAGCUGGAUGCCACGUCUUCUGAAGAAUCUCACAACCAACAGUGACGGUUUUGCGAAAUUCUCACUAAACACUGAUGACCUCAAGGGCGACAUUCAGCUCUACGUUAGCGGCUCGGCAAACCUGAACUUUCCAUAUAGAGCCCCUCACUAUGAAAAUGGAGAGCACACCUUGUCCUUGUUUCAAGAACCUUCUCCUCACACCAAGUCUGUCAGCUACCUGAUGGUGAAGAAGAUGGAGAACCCAAUUCCUUGUGACGCAAAUGCGGAAAUCACCGUCCAAUAUGCCAUAGCUGGAGAGUCUCGGGGCUACGCAGAUAUUAUUUAUCUGGUCUUAUCCAGAGGUGCCAUUGUUUUCCAAGGAGCACAGAAGAUUAGAGUUGAAGAUGGAUCAGUCAAUGAGGGUGAGAUGACUUUCCAGUUGCCCGUUUCCCCGGCGAUGGCACCAGCUCUCCAGGUUGUUGCCUAUGCUGUGCUUCCCAGUGCGACUGUGGUUGCCCACAGUGAGGACUUCACCACUGACACGUGCUUCACGAACAAAGUCUCUGUGGAAUUUUCUCCACCAUCAGCUGUCCCAGGAGAAGAAACCACCUUGCAAGUGACAGCUGAGCCAAACUCUCUUUGUGGGGUGAGCGCUGUCGACCAGAGUGUCCUCAUCAAAGAGCCUGGAAAGACCUUGAAUGCAGAUAAGAUAUUUGGCUUGCUGCCCGUCAAAAAAGCAACAUAUUAUCCAUACAGCGUUGAAGAUUCAGUGGAAUGCUUGCUUGUCAGGCCGAGGAGAUCCAUUUUACCGUACCCCGGGGGUGACAUUAGUGAUCCUUAUACAGUUUUCCAGGGUAACGGGCUGAAGAUGGCAACAAAUUUGUUCAUUCGAGUGCCCUCUUGUCUGAAGUAUCUGGGAAGAGAAUAUAACAGGCCCUACGGAUAUUAUUCAGGUAUUGCUUUGAGGUAUGAGAGUGCUCCAAACGUGGCUGUAGCGGUGGACCUGGCAGCUGGUCCUAUGGGAGGAGGAUUCUCUCAUGAAGCCCCAAUUGAGACGAUUCGCAAUUUCUUCCCAGAGACGAUGUUGUGGAGCCUUGUGGAAGUUGGGAACUCUGGCACACAGGAUGUGGCUGUCACCGCCCCGGACACCAUCACUACAUGGGAGACCGAGGCUUUCUGCCUGUCGUCUCAGGGUUUUGGAUUGGCUCCUCGUCAGAAGUUAACUGUCUUCCAGCCUUUCUUCCUCGAGCUCACGCUUCCUUAUUCCAUCAAACGCGGGGAACAUUUUGAGCUGAAAGCAACCACCUUCAACUUCCUGUCCAAAUGCAUCAUGGUCAGCGUGACUCCAGCUCCCUCCGAUGCGUACGCCCUCACUGCCCUUUCUGGUGAUCUGUACAAUUCCUGCUUGUGCGGCAACGAGCGUAAGACUGUCAGAUGGACUAUGGCCCCUUCAAACUUGGGGACUGUCGAAGUGACUGUCACUGCUGAGGCUGUGCCAUCCCGUGCCUCUUGUGACAACGAGGUUGUUAGCGUGCCAGCAAGAGGUCGUAGAGAUGUUGUCACACGCUCGCUCAUUGUGAAGGCAGAGGGAUCUGAGAUGACGCAGACUUACAACUGGCUGCUGUGCCCCAAAGGAGAGAGUUUGAAGGAGGAAGUAGAGAUUGAACUCCCCAAGGAUGUGAUUAAAGGAUCGGCCCGUGGCUUAUUGUCUGUUCUGGGUGACAUCUUGGGCCGGGCUUUGAAGAACCUCGAAGGGCUGCUGAAGAUGCCGUAUGGAUGCGGGGAGCAAAACAUGGCGCGCUUGGCUCCAAAUGUUUACAUCCUCCAGUAUCUUAAACAGACCAACCAGCUGACACCAGCCAUCGAGGAAAAGACUCUAAAGUUCCUGACCAGUGGCUACCAGAGACAACUGAACUACAAACAUGGCAGUGGCGGAUACAGCACUUUUGGAACAGGGAAGGAAAACACUUGGUUGACUGCUUUCGUGGCGAGAGUCUUUGGCAAAGCAAUGUCUUUUAUUUACAUUGACCCCUCCACUUUGGAAGAUUCCAAGAACUGGCUGAAACAACAACAAAAGGACAAUGGUUGUUUCCAACAGUCUGGAAGACUUUUCCAUAACAGAAUGAAGGGUGGUGUUUCGGAUGAAGUGACUCUCACUGCUUACAUCACUGCUGCCUUUUUGGAGAUGAAUAGCUCUGUGAAGGAUCCCGUGGUGACCAAGAGCCUGUCCUGCCUCAGGGAGACCACUGAUGACAUCAACAAUAUUUACACAACAGCUCUGAUGGCCUAUGUCUUUACCUUGGCUGACGACCAGGAGACCCGUGCUAAGCUUCUGCAGCAGUUGGACAAUGUUAAAAUACAACAAGGUGGUUUGAUUCACUGGUCGCAAAAGUCAUCAGAGACCUCAGCCUCUCUGUCUGUGGAGAUCAGCUCCUACGUGCUGCUGGCCAAACUUAGUGGCACUCCUUCCGCUGAAGACCUGGGUUAUGCCUCCAGCAUUGUCAGAUGGCUGACGAGGCAGCAGAAUUAUUAUGGAGGCUUUGCUUCUACUCAGGACACAGUGGUGGCCCUCCAGGCUCUCUCCCUUUACUCCACUCUGGUGUUCAGUCCAGGCGGUUCAAGCACAGUGACGGUCGUGUCUCCCAGCGAACAGUUGACGUUUGAUGUCAACCAGAAUAACAAACUGCUUUACCAAGAGAAGGUGCUGAAGGACGUCGAAGGAAAGUACAAUGUGGAGGUGAAGGGAUCGACAUGCGCUGCCGUGCAGCUUUCUCUGCUGUACAACAUCCCGACACCCACCACUGUCACCACCCUCACUGUCAGUGUGCGGCCAGAAGCCAACUGCACGAUCCAGACAAGCAGACCCAAAUUGACCCUGAAGAUAAAAUCUAUAUACAGUGGGAAGGAGAGCAGUACCAACAUGGUGAUCCUGGAAAUCAAUCUGCUGUCUGGUUUUAAACCUGAGUCUGAGUCUUUGAAGAGGCUGAAAGGGGCCCUGCUGGUUGAGAGAGUUGAGGAGAAGGAAGAUCAAGUACUCGUGUACUUAAAGGAGCUACCAAAGGACAUAGCAAUUAACCAUAGCUUGGAUCUGGUACAAGAAAUCCCCGUAAAUGGCCUGAAGCCAGCUAUUGUCAAGAUCUACGACUAUUACCAGCCAAGUGACCAGGGAGAGGCAACCUACAAUUAUGUUUGUUUGCAAGAAGCUUGAAGCAUGGCCAGUCUCCAUCGCAGAUUCUGUAUCAAAACAACUGUUUUGAUAGUUUGUAUAACUCCAUGUCUGUUUGUGUAACACAGUUAACAUUUUGUCAAGUUAUCAAAAUGACUCCUGUGAAAUGCUCACACUGACAAUGAAAUAAAGCAAUUUAAAAAGGC